GAACCCUCAGUAUUUGUACAGUAGUAGAAGCAUACAGGCAGUUUUUUGAACUAUUCCCAGGAGAAAUAUAUUUGCUCAGUGAAUUUAUUCGAAAUUUAAAAUAGUAUUUCGCAUUAAAAAAUAAAAAACAAAACUAUACCGUUAACAACGCGCAAUUUUCAAAAAAUAAUUAUUUGGAAAAGCUAUCAUGUCUUCUUUACCAAACGGUUCUGCAAAUGUUCGGGACAACCGAGCCUCCAGGCUGCGUGCUGAGAAGUUGGCUGAGAAGCCACAGAAACAGACCAUCGCAUGGACCAAUGCCCCAACCCGUCCUGGAGGAUUUGGAAAACCUGAACCUUGCUAUCCGCAGGGCCUGCCUGCAUUGCAUCCACGAUCGCACAGUCGUAUUCCGACCCGUAGAGUCCCGGGCGUUAAGACCUCAAGAGCCACUUCGCCAGCCCGCUCCAUACGGGGCACUUCCACCGAUCGGGUCAGUAUCUGUUCUCUGCCCAGCCAUUUGGAGGAGAAAGCCAGACCGAAGCGGAAGGCGCUUGUGGGAGAGGAUGGCGACAAACCAAACAAUAAGGAUAAAGAAGCCAGCUCUGUGGACGUCAACAUAAAUGACAAGAAGGACUGCAAGACUGUAAAUAAGCGAAUGCGGUUAGAUCUGUCGGAAACACCACGUCCUGCUGCAAAGAAUGUCAUUCCGCCAAGGAGCAUAAGCGCCAAUCCCCUAAAAAUCCGAAAAAAGAAGACUGACGUCAAGCCCGAUCGCGGCCAUCAUCGCAUUUUGGAGAUGAACAAAAUCCGAGUUGUCGAUGUCCAACAGAAGAAGUUGGAGAAUAUGCAGUCGGAGUUUAUGGCCAAAAUCCGAUCGUUGGGUAGUCUGGCCAAGGAGCUCAAGGGAGUGUACAAGUUUGUGGCCAUGGUGGUCAACGACGAGUGCAAGUUGAUAAUGCACGAGGACGAUAUGCUGCGCCUACCCAGGAAUAUACCCACUGAAAGUGUAAAUGACUUGAAGAAUCGCUGUCGUUACAUUGUCGAUACGGGUUUCAUGAUGUUCUAUGAUUUCAUGCCCCUUAUUCAACAUGCCAAGUCCGACCAGGAGGCACAGGAGAAGCGCGAACAGCUACGCGCCCAGCUUAAGAACGCCGUGAACCGUAAAAUAAACGGCAUAAUCGAAGAGAUCGAUGAGUUGUGCCGUACAAAAGGCGUAAGAGACGAGUCCUCCAACAGUCUGUUAUACCGCGAAAUCAACGACUUGCGGGUUCAAAAGACGAACAUGGAGACUCGAUACUUUGAUCUGAAGAAGGAGCAUAUCGAACUGAUGAACCAGCAGAAGGACGAGCUCGAGGCCAAGAUGGCGGCGGAGCUUGCUGUUCGGGAUCAUUGUGUCCUGGAAUUGAAAAAGUCAUUGCGACGCAGCGAGGAACUGGUUGGAGAGUUGAAUAUUGAAUUGGCCGAGAAGAAUGACGAUCUGAAGAGUGAGAGCAACACUAUUUCAAAAUUGCGGUCAGAACUCGAUGACCUUAAUACUGUCAACAACCGGAUUCGUAAGCGUCUGGAGGAUGCUGAUUUGGGAUUAGAACGUGCCCACAAGUCAGUUACGAAAAACGAGGAGAAGAUCUCUUACCUGGAAGAUGAGCUUAAAGAGGCUCGGGAGUUCAUUGUCAAUCUCCAAAAGCGUCCAGAUCCUCUGGACGACAAGAGUAUGGGAGAGAAGGAUUUGAUCAUCGCUGACCUUAAGUUGAAGCUCCAGAAUUUCGAACACCACCGGAACAUGAUGCAAAAGCAAGUGAGCUCUGCUGUGAAGCAGCUCGCCGAGUUUGAGGAAUUGAACUGCAAGUACCAGACUGUCGCUGUUCAAGUCAAUGAGCUCCGGGAGCAGCUGAGAAAUUCUGAUGCGAAACUGAUGACCCAGGCCCGAAUCGAGGAGCAGUUGCGGAAGGACUUGGAGAAGUUGCGCGAGCAGGCCGGUCGGGAUCAGAAAAUGCUGUCCAUGCGGAGCGAACUCAUCAAUAAUCUUCAGGAGAACGAGAAGGAAAGCCAAAACAAAAUAAACAAAAUGUACUACCAAGCUAACGAAAAAGAUACGCUGCUUAAACAGGUCCAGGUGAGUAACGAGCUGGCCUCGAAAGACGAAGAGUUCCGUAAUCUGUUCGGAACCCUCACAUUCAAGCAGAAGGAGGUUAGACGACAAGAGCACAUUAUCAAGCUGCUGGAGGAGCAAAAUUCAAGGAAUACGAUGUUGCGGGCCAAACAGGAUGAACGAAAUGCUGCCAUGCAGGCGGAGAUAGUUAAUUUGAAGCGGACCAUUCAUAAGUACUCAAAGAUUAUCAUUGGUAAUAAUGGUCAGCGUUUCUUCGAAGUAGUGCCAGCUGACGAGUGUAGUGACUAUUGUUGUGUUGGUGAUGCAGUGACCGAAAUUAAAGAUUCAGAGGAGGCUCCUAUGCAAGGCGACUCUACAGUUCAACAGAGGAUGCGGCCCCAGCAGCAGCAGCAGCAACAAUCGCAACAGCGACGUCAUCGGUCGAUGUCCCAAUCGCAUGGAAGACGCAUCUUUGAUCCACUGCACCACCUACAAGAACAGCAACAUGAACACCGUCAUCGACGCUCCCCGGGCAGUCCACAUCACCAAGAAGCCCGUCAUCAUCGUCCGCAACAUGUUCCUACUUCUCAGCAGCAACAUAAUCAUCAUGAUCCGCAUCAGCAUCAACUCAGACACCGACACCAUCAUCACCACCACUGACUAACAAACUCUGAUUAGGAAAUGUUUAGGCAAAACUAACCAAAAUUUAUUGUGAUACUAGUUGGCCAACUCGCAUAUGUUGUGACCCCAUGUUGUAGAGUACAAGUACUUAAACCAGA